CUGCCAUCAAACCCAUCUCCAUCGAAAACUCCCUUCUUGAAACACGUCACCACCCUCCAUUACCUCAUCUAUGAACAUAUCGACCGUGCCUACGUUCAAAAUCUUCAAUCAAUCCUCCAGCCUUUCUGCCGUUUUUCCUCUAGCCUCUCUCUGUGUUCGCCGCACAUCCCAUAUUCACCAUGACUGACCAGCAUCAGCUCGAGAAGCUCGCCCAGGUCCAACAGCAGGCGGCUGUCCAGGCAUGGCACGCGUUUUCCCAGUCCGAGCACGAAAAGCACCGUCCUCAAGAAGAAUUGAUCCGCAGAAGCAUAGAGGAAGAGUCAGCACAGCUCCGCAAAGAAGUCGCUAUGCGCCGCAAGACGAAAACCCGAACGCCGGCCGACAUUGCGUUUGAUCCGAAGCCAUAUAAUUUUUACGGUCCCGGGGAGGGUGCUACCAAGCCCAGAACACUAGCGGAAAAACGCCUUAUUGGCCAGCGCCAUCACGCUGUAUUCAACCGAUUCGGCGUCAGAGACUGCCCCAAGUUGAAGGACGAGGAUAGCUACAGUGACGAGGAGCUGCCAGAGGACGAGGUGGGCGGUGUCCAGAGACCGUCGUACAAGCACGGUGAGACCGAGACUGCCCGACAUAUCGACUGGCGCAUCUGGGUCCCCAUGCGGAUGACCGAAGCCAACAUGCUCGGUGCGUUCCCAGGCACCGGAGACUUCGACCCGAAUGAGACCCGCUUCUACCUCCUAAACCAGAGCGACUUCAACGUGGUCGACCCCGAGAAUGCUAAGAAGCAGGAAGCCCCCUGGCUCAAGGACCCUGUUUCUAUUCCCUUCGAGCAGCUAUACCCCCGAGGAUACCGCUUGCUAAAGAAGUUCGCAGAGAUGGACGGCGGGCGUGGAUGGUAUGACGGAGAGCCGCUGGGCCCGGACCCCAACAGCGAGACCGCCUUGUACGAGCAUCUCGGCUGGAUCAUGCCUCGACCCCGAGAGAGAAACCGCGGCGUCGGCGCUGACCCUACAGAUUCGGUCAUCAAGGCCUGGAAGCACGGCGAUAUUGACGUCCCCGUUCCGGCCGACUUCCCUCAGCCCCCUCCUUCCUGGAGCCGCGCCCCGUCCCGUGUCGUCACCAUGGUCGGCUCCAAAGGCGGACAGCUGAAAGUCCAGUCGUUCCUUUCUCUGAAGAAGCGCCUCAUCAAGGAGAAGACCGCACGUGACAGAAGAGCCGCGCAUAAUGAUGUUCGUGUGCACGAAACCCAAAUGGAAGAAAUCAAAGAAGAGGAAGAGGAUGGCAAGCCGGGUUUGGGCUACGAGGGUGAUCUCGUCGACACGAUCACCAAGGGUAUGGAGGACGUCAGCAUCGGCACUGGUCAGAAGAAUAGCAGUUCUCAAAGCCUCGCAAACCGCAAGCCUAUGGGUGAGAAACCUAUUAACUUGAACCCUCGCAAUGCAGGCUAUGGUUCCUGGUGGCAGAAGUUGGGGUAUAAGGAACCCCUGAAGCAGGGAUCUGCCGAGCAUCCUCGUAGCGCUGCUGCUAAGGUUGUCAGGCACCCCAUUUAG